GUUCUUCUUUUUAAUGCUGGAAAAUUUCAUGGUGGUGGUGGAGGACUUGCAUGCUGUGAGGAUGGCGGAGGACGGCAGCGUGGAUUCAGAUCUCCCAGACUGUAAUUGUGAUAUCACAAGGGUAAAGAAGUUGAAGGAGACCCUCAUUGCAGUGCAGCAGCUGGAUAAAAACAUGAGUAGCCUGAGGUCUUGGCUUGCCCACAUUGAGUCAGAGCUGUCCAAACCUAUCGUCUAUGAAACUUGUGACUCUGAGGAGAUACAAAGGAAGCUAAAUGAACAGCAGGAACUUCAGAGGGACAUAGAGAAACACAGCACUGGAGUGGCAUCUGUUCUUAAUCUGUGUGAAGUUCUUCUUCAUGACUGUGAUGCUUGUGCCACAGAAGCAGAGUGUGACUCUAUCCAGCAGGCUACACGCAAUCUGGACAGAAGGUGGAGGAACAUUUGUGCAAUGUCAAUGGAAAGGCGACUUAAAAUUGAAGAGACAUGGCGGUUAUGGCAAAAGUUUUUGGAUGACUACUCUAGAUUUGAAGACUGGCUACAAACCUCUGAGAAGACAGCUGCUUUCCCGAGCUCCUCUGGUGUUCUUUACACGGUUGCUAAGGAAGAGCUGAAGAAAUUUGAGGCCUUCCAGAGACAAGUGCAUGAAAGUCUGACUCAGCUGGAACUGAUCAAUAAACAAUAUCGCCGCCUGGCCCGAGAGAACCGCACCGACUCUGACUGUAGCCUCAAGCAGAUGGUUCAUGAGGGGAACCAGAGAUGGGACAACUUGCAAAAGCGAGUUACCUCCAUCCUGCGCAGGCUAAAACAUUUUAUUGGCCAGCGUGAGGAGUUUGAGACAGUGCGUGAUAGCAUCCUGGUAUGGCUAACAGAGAUGGACCUGCAGCUGACCAACAUUGAGCAUUUCUCUGAGUGUGAUGUCCAAGCAAAGAUAAAGCAGCUUAAGGCUUUCCAGCAAGAAAUUUCACUGAACAACAACAAAAUUGAGCAGAUAAUUGUGCAGGGUGAGCAACUCAUUGAGAAAAGUGAGCCCAUGGAUGCAGCUGUCAUUGAAGAAGAACUAGAUGAGCUGCGUCGUUAUUGUCAAGAGGUCUUUGGACGUGUGGAACGCUAUCACAAGAAACUCAUCCGCCUUCCUCUGACAGAUGACGAACACGACCUCUCUGACAGAGAGGUGGAUCUGGAUGAAUCGGCAGAUCUCUCUGACAUACACUGGCAUGACAAAUCUGCGGACAGCGUUCUCUCCCCGCACCCCUCUUCCAACAUUUCGCUGCCUCUUUCCCAGCCAGUGAGAAGCGAGCGAUCAGGACGAGAUACCCCUGCGAGCGUGGACUCCAUUCCCCUGGAGUGGGAUCAUGACUACGACCUUAGUAGAGACCUGGAGACAGCCGUUUCACGGGCACUGCACUCUGAGGAAGAAGACAGAGGACAAGAGAAGGACUUCUACCUGAGAGGAGCAGCUGGUAUAGCAGAUGUAGAGAUCCCUGAAACUCUUGAGGCCUAUGUAACGCUCACAGAAAACGCACUCAAAAAUGUCUCUGGGGAACCUGGUGCCCUGGAAGCACAUAUCCGACAGCUGGACAAGGCCUUAGACACCAGUCGUUUCCAGAUACAGCAAACAGAAAACAUCAUCCGUAGCAAAACUCCUACAGGACCAGAGCUGGAUUCCAGUUACAGAGGAUAUAUGAAGCUACUAGGUGAGUGCAGUGGAAGCAUAGACUCAGUAAAAAGGCUUGGAUAUAAACUGAAGGAGGAAGAAGAAAAAUUAUCAGGACUUAUUAACCUGAACAGUACCGAAACACAAACAGCUGGUGUAAUUGACCGAUGGGAAUUAAUCCAGGCUCAAGCUCUAAGCAAGGAGCUGAGGAUGAAGCAGAACCUUCAGCAAUGGCAGCAGUUUAACUCCGACCUUAAUAGUGUUUGGGCUUGGUUGGGAGAAACUGAAGAGGAACUGGAGAAGCUCUGCCACCUUGAUCUCAGCACUGACAUACAAACUAUUGAGCUCAGAAUUAAAAAACUGAAAGAGCUGCAGAAAGCAAUUGAUAACCGCAAAGCGAUCAUCUUAUCCAUCAAUCUGUGCAGCUCAGAGUUCACUCAGUCUGACAGUGAAGAGAGCAAGAAGCUUCAAGAGCGCCUGUCUCAGAUGAAUGUACGCUGGGACCACGUAUGCAUUAUGAUCGAAGAGUGGCGCUGCUCAUUGCAGAAUGCAUUAAUGCAGUGCCAGGAUUUCCAUGAAAUGAGCCAUGGUUUGCUGCUUUGGUUAGAGAAUAUUGACAGAAGAAAAAAUGAGAUUGUGCCCAUCAGUCCAAGCCUGGACUCAGAAACGCUGCAGGAUCAUCACAGACUUCUAAUGCAAAUUAGACGAGAACUGCUGGAGUCUCAGUUGAAGGUGGCGUCACUGCAAGAUAUGUCCUGCCAAUUGCUAGUCAAUGCUGAAGGCAAGGACUGUCUUGAAGCCAAAGAAAAGGUGCAUGUCAUCGGAAACAGAUUGAAGCUUCUCUUGAAAGAGGUCACACAUCAUAUUAAAGACCUGGAGAAAAUUCUAGACAUUUCAAACAGUCAACUGGAAUUGUCCUCAUGGUCCUCUGCUGAUGAAUUAGACACAUCGGGCUCAGUGAGUCCUGUAUCUGGAAGAAGUACUCCAAGCAGACAGAGAACGCCACGGGGCAAAUGUAGUCUCUCACAGCCUGGACCCUCUGUCAGCAGUCCACAUAGCAGGUCCACAAGAGGUGGCUCAGGUUCCUCCCCUUCUGAGGCCGGGCCAGCGUGGCAGCACCCGUCCUUCUUCCUCAGAGUCCUCAGAGCUGCUCUACCACUUCAGCUCCUUUUGUUGCUCCUGAUCGGGCUGGCUUGCCUGGUGCCAAUGACCGAGGAGGACUACAGCUGUACUAUGGCCAACAACUUUGCCCGCUCUUUCCACCCCAUGCUAAAAUACAUGAAUGGUCCACCUCCAUUAUGAAGGAGACCUGUGAGACAGCAGGUGACCUUGCUGGAGUGCUAGCUGGGAAGCAGGAUGGUUUUAGAGGGUAACAGGAUUCAGUGUGGCAGCUUUACCUACCUGCUGUAGCCACUGCUGUGUCCAUAUCAUUCUUUGCUGGCACUCAGCUAGUAACGCAUCAGUAUAUUGGUAUUACUGCACAACGUAUUACCUGAGUAGCAUCAUUUCAAUACUCACAUCCUGGGUGCUAAGGAGGAUGUGACAUGUGUGAGGGAGAUGUCCUUCUGUCCAGCAUUCAGGAUCUUUUAGCCACUUUAUAUCCAGGUCAUUGCCCUGUACUAUGCAUAGCCAAGGACUUAAUACUGUAGAUCCUUUCCUGUGUGCUGCUCUAAAUGAGCCAUUAGCCAGUCUUUGUUAAAUACCCUCUCAGUAUCUACAGUAUACAAAAUAACCAAUGCUAAAGAAAUUUUAGAGAAUUUGUAACAUACAAUUUUAAAGGAUCUUGUAUGGCAAAGUAUUAUUCCCCGUGGUUUCUGUUUCAGGCAUGGUGUUCUAACUUUUGCUUUGGAUGCACAAGGUGUAAAUCUGAGAAGCACUUUUUUAAGGUUUAAAAAAUGGAUGUAAUAAAUAAGAUCGUAAAAGGUUUUAUGAGGAAAAAUGUUGAAUGUCAAGUUGAAAAACAAAGAACAUAUUUAUGUAUGUACAGUUUGCUAAGCCAAGUUUUGUUUGUAUUGAUUUCUUUGCAUUUAUUAUAGAUACUAUAAAA